UGCAUGCUCUCUGUUUCCCCAUCCCCAGUCAACCUUCUUUCUGUUUCCAUUCUCCUCUUUCUCUCUCUUAUUCUCUUCCCCCUGUCUUGCUUUCUGUAAAAGUUAUCUGGUGAGGAAAGAAGAUAUUUGGAUGAUUUUGACUCUUCAAUCAGCGUCCUCUGGGGAAGACAUCAGUCGUGGCGUAUAGCAUCCAAUGGAAACGUUGUUUGGCCUGCGUUUCAGGCGGAAAGCCUGUGAGCCAAACGGGCGCAGGCGCUCCAGUGUGGCACUUCCAGCGAGUAAAGCGCGCCGGCGCUCCAGCGUGGGCCUGCCUUCAGCUGGCCUGGCUCAUAGACGCAGGUCUAGCGUUCAGUUCCAAACCAGCAAUGUGCAUGCGGGGAUCUCACAACCCAGUAGAGGACGCUUCGCUAGGAGGAGGUCGAGCGGUGCAACGGCCUGCCUGACCCCGCGGUUUGCUAUCCGUCGAAGACAGGCUGCCAAACACCGCGGCAUUCAUGCCCAGCUCCUAGGACCAUCACUGCUCCUGGCUAGUGUGGUGCAGAUGAGCGAAGACCACGAAAGGGAGGAUAAGAGUCUAGAAGAAUACUCCUCUCUCUCUGAUAGCGACUCUAGUCAGGAAGAGCACGAGCAAGCAAGGACUGACUUAGAGACGGAGUCUGAUAAGUGUCUGACAUGGUUGACUCAUGGUUUGUUGGCAGGAGAAAGCAUUCAGCCCCGCCCCCUCAUCCGUGCACCACGUUGCCUGCGGCGAAACUCCUCACACCUGCUUCCCGCUGAGGCCGUUUAUCGAAGCCCAGCCUCUUAUGGGCUAUAUGGCCGUUACCGUAGGACCAGUCAGGCACAGGGGCUGUCUAAUGUGGGUGGAUUGUGGGAAGGGAGACGAAAUUCUUUUGCAGCUCGAGGACCAGUUGCACUGUACAGGACGAGCUCCCCUUGCUGGCCAGAUCUCAGUCUUUCACACACACUGCAGGGAACUUACUACAACCCACAGAUUGACACAUGGAGCGGGUUCCUAUCGAAGGCCAUUGCGAAGUCUGGUCUCCAGCACCUCUCAUGCCAGCCCAGUGCUGCAGUGUUGGCCAAGGGGGAAACGGACAGAGAAAUCCGCAGCACAGUGGACUGGAGUGAAUCAGCUCUAUAUGGAGAGCACAUCUGGUUCGAGACAAAUGUCUCUGGGGACUUCUGUUACGUCGGAGAACAGCACUGUUACGCCAAGUCACUGCAAAAGUCUGUUGCUCGGAAAAAAUGUGCUGCUUGCAAGAUCGUAGUUCACUCCAUCUGCAUUGAACAGCUGGAGAAGUUAUUGGACUGGAAUGCUCCACCUCAGGGGGAGGGGCUUCAUGAGGUGCCUCUCAAAGAUCCGUCAUUCAGAAUAAACUUCAGAUGUAAACCAUCUUUCAGGGAGUCAGGAUCGAGGAACAUCCGAGAACGCACAUGGCGACGCAGAGCUUUCAGAGGUCACCUUGCUUUGGAGCAAAUGAGAGGUGCUGCAGCUAAAUAUAGUGCACACACCUCUAUCACACAGCCUGCAAUAGUGCGACACCACUGGGUCCAUCGGAGAAGACAAGAGGGCAAAUGCAAACAGUGUGGAAAGGGGUUUCAGCAGAAAUUUGCCUUUCACAGUAAAGAGAUUGUAGCCAUUAGCUGCUCCUGGUGCAAACAAGCAUAUCAUAAUAAAGUGACAUGCUUCAUGCUGCAACAGAUAGAAGAACCGUGUUCAUUAGGAGCACACGCCGCCGUUAUAGUACCUCCUACCUGGAUCAUACGGCUUCGCCGACCUCAGUCCUCACUAAAGUCAAGCAAAAAGAAGAAACGAGCGUCUUUCAAACGCAAAUCCAGCAAGAAAGGAGCAGAGGAGGCUCGAUGGAAGCCCUUCAUAGUGAGACCUAUUCCCUCUCAACUCAUGAAGCCACUGCUGGUGUUUGUAAACCCAAAGAGUGGAGGAAACCAGGGAGCUAAAAUCAUCCAGUCCUUUCUGUGGUAUCUGAACCCUCGGCAGGUCUUUGAUCUCAGUCAGGGGGGUCCUCAGGAAGGCUUGGAGAUGUAUCGCAAAGUUCACAACUUGAGAAUUUUGGCCUGUGGUGGGGAUGGCACGGUGGGCUGGAUCUUGUCCUCUCUUGAUCAGCUGCAGCUAAACCCUUCUCCUGCUGUGGCUGUACUUCCUCUGGGCACAGGAAAUGAUCUUGCUAGGACUCUAAACUGGGGUGGGGGUUACACAGAUGAACCUCUGAGUAAAAUCCUCUCUCACGUUGAGGAUGGGAAUAUUGUACAGCUUGAUCGAUGGAACCUUAUUGUAAAGCCCAACCCAGAGGCAGGCCCAGAGGAGAGGGAUGAGCAGGUGACGGACAAGCUCCCUCUAGACGUCUUCAAUAACUACUUCAGCCUGGGGUUUGAUGCUCAUGUGACUUUAGAGUUCCACGAAUCUCGAGAGGCCAACCCUGAGAAAUUUAACAGCCGAUUCAGAAACAAAAUGUUCUAUGCAGGGACAGCGUUUUCUGAUUUCUUGAUGGGCAGCUCCAAAGACCUGGCUAAACACAUCAGAGUAGUGUGUGACGGCACAGAUUUGACCUCGAAAGUCCAGGAUUUGAAGCUGCAAUGCCUGGUCUUUCUCAAUAUCCCCAGGUACUGUGCGGGCACUAUGCCAUGGGGCAAUCCAAGUGAGCAUCAUGACUUUGAGCCUCAGCGUCAUGAUGAUGGCUGCAUUGAGGUCAUUGGAUUCACAAUGACAUCACUGGCCACGCUGCAGGUCGGAGGUCACGGUGAGAGGUUAAAUCAGUGCCGUGAGGUCACCCUUACCACCUUUAAGUCAAUCCCCAUGCAGGUGGAUGGCGAGCCUUGCAAACUAGCGCCAUCUGUUAUUCACAUCUCUCUGCGAAACCAGGCCAACAUGGUGCAGAAAACCAAGAGACGCACAUCUAUACCACUGCUCAAUGAUAGUCAGCAACCAUUUCCAGAACGGUUAAGGAUCAGAGUGAGCCGUAUCAGCAUGCAUGAUUAUGAAGCUCUGCACUACGACAAGGAGAAACUCAAAGAAGCUUCGAUUCCACUGGGUCUCAUCGUUGUCCCGGGAGACAGUGAUUUGGAAACCUGCCGAGCUCACAUCGAGAGACUACAGGAGGACUUUGUGUCGUGUCACCCAUCUCUGCAGCGGCUGGUGCUCCAGGAAGGUGAAGGGGCCAAAUCGAAGCCUAUAUCAUCUCAGAGGCUGUCGCCAAAAUGGUGCUUUCUCGAUUCUACAACAGCGGAUCGAUUCUACAGGAUUGAUCGAGCUCAAGAGCAUCUUAACUACGUGACUGAGAUUUCUCAGGAUGAGCUGUUUGUUUUGGACCCAGAACUGGUUCUCACAGAGACGGUCAGCACAUCGCCAGGCAUGCCAGACCUGGUGGACUCUGGUGAUGUCCCGUCCGAUCCACAUAAAUUUGCCUUCCCAUCAUCCUCCUCUUCUCCACCAAACUCACCUGGACCUAGGGCUGCAGAGCUCCAAAGGAAGCGUGUUUCCAGUGACAGUUCUGUGGCAGAAGCACUUGCACACAGUGACUCGCUCAGAUCAACCAAAGCAGCUCUCAGCAGGGUGGGGGGUGUCCAUCGCUCAAAUACAACAGCAGCAGAUUUCAAACCUACCAGCAGGUUUGAGAAGAGCACCCUGAACAAUGCGAACUCUGUGUCAGCAGACAAUCUAAUUGAUUGCGUGAAGAAGAAGGACCAUCAGAAGUUGAAGGAGCUGCAUAAGAAGGGGGCAGACCUGUGUGUACAGGACCCUGUGGGCCGCACCCUUCUGCACUAUGCUGUGGAAGUGGGCAGCAAGGAGAUUGUCAGAUACAUCAUUGAUAAUGCACCCACCGAUAUUCUGGAUGUAACGGAGAGAGAAAACGGAGAGACGGUGUUGCACAAAGCGGCCUCGUUGUGUCAUAGGACAAUCUGUCAUUACCUAGUGGAGGCGGGAGCAUCUCUCAUGAAGACAGACUUACAGGGCGACACUCCUAAGCAUCGUGCCGAGAAGGCGAAAGAUGCAGAACUCGCGGCGUAUCUCGAGACCCGCCAGCACUACCAAAUGAUCCAGCGUGAAGACCAGGAGACUGCAGUUUGACCUUUUGACCUCUCACCCUUCACCUCAACCAGUGUCCUGCUUUUUGUGCCAAAACAACAGUAACCAAAAAUGUAUCGCAGUACCCAUCGCAGGCUGUCUGGACUGCACGGGGGGUGGAUACAUUCCCUGAGAGGGGGACGGUCGCACACUUAACUGUCUCUGAAGAGGUCCACAACUUUUAUCAUCAUUCUCUGAAUGACCUGUUGGACUUAAUGUCUUUUAUUUCAUUGCACUGCCAAAACAUCUUAGAGUUUGUAUGUAUGAGACAGAAUGCAGAAUUCUUUCCAUGUUAAUACACUCAUCGAGUUUGCUUUUCUAGUUUGACAAUGCUGAAUGUUAGUUGAAUACAGUGAGGAUUUCAAAGAUGCAUGGGCUGGUGAGGACAGUGCUGUUUGUGUCUCCAGAGUCAUCACUGUCUGUAAGUGCAGCUGGAGCAUUCACCGUAGCCCUGACUCUACAGCUACAGGUUCAGUAUUGCUCUGUUAUAGCAGAACUUUUUAGUCUGGUUAGCGUCCAGAGCAUGAACCGGAACCCGAAACAACAUUUUAAUAGCCGACUUGUUUCCUGAUAACAGUAGAGCCAUUAAAUAAUAUGAGUUUAAUGUAUAAUGAAUCUUUCUAGAUUCCUCUGCACUGAAAGAGUUCAGGAUGGUUCAAAGACAGGAAUGUUUACUGGGGUCUUGGUUUGACGUAUCAGAACGAUUUCGAUGUUUUUCAGGUGUGUUUAUUAGAAGGAUUUUGCAUUUUCAUAGAUUUCUGUGCUGUUUCUAAUAAGAACAUUCGGUACUGUAAAUGUAUGCGAGUAGCUUUCUGUUUAAGAGGCAUUUGCACUGUAGCUUUGAUUGCCUUCUCUAUUCUAUAAUAUGGAUUUAUAAUUGAUGUACUAAAAUAUAGCUUCUUUCCUACAAUAUUUUUAAGUAAAUAGAUGUUUAUAUAAUUUGUAGCUAUUAAAGAUGUGUUGUCAUGUUUGUAUUAUAAAACGCUGUAAAUUAGAUUUUGUUUUUUUGGAGUUGAGAACAGAUCUCACUUUGUUUCAGCACAUUUUUCUUAAGUCUUUGUGAUAAACCAAUAAGAGUUUACACUCUAUAAGAGUUUUGUUUUUUUGUGCUGAUGUCUUAAUGCAAAGUUAAGAUUUUAGGAUGCUAUUUAUUUUCCUAAAAAAAGUUAUAUAUUGAAAAUAAUUUGGCCUUGAAGCUAUACAUAUUUAAUAAUAUUAGUCAUUUCUAAUGUAUUUCAGUAAUUUACAUCACAGAAUUAAACUCUUCUCUGUCCAGAUACGUUACUACUUCAUUAAUGAAAUCACCCACUGGUUUCAAAGUUCUUUACAAUAAAUGUCAUUAUACAGCAUGUAUGCACAUUCACAAUGUAUAUAGGUAACACAUUGUGUUUAGGUAAGCACCCUUGCAUCUUUAAUGCUCUUCAUUAACUGGUCAGCUCUAUUCUUUCUUUGGAAAGACAUUUAAAAUUUUGAGUGUUUAAACAACCAUCCAUCCAACCCUUUUACCCUGACAGCUAUUUGACAGGAGCCUUGAUGAAUGACAUCAUUAGAGUGACAUCAUAUGCCAUAAACGCUGAAGUCACUGAGCUCUUACAAUAAACAUGGAAUAUGUCUUAA